UCCCUCAACAAGCCAACAAGCUGCCUGACUCCGCCCCUCAGACUGAUGUUGGAUGAGAGAAGAAGGCCAGCAACAGCGUGACGGACAGCUCGGCUCUCUGUAGUAGUGGAUGUCCUCUCCGUGGACGCGGAGCCUCAAACCGAGCCCGCAUGUUCUCCGUGCAUUGAGGCGACCAGGAGCGGAAUGGACCGGCGGGCAGCAGCGGCGGCAGCAGCAGCAGCAGCAUCCACCGGGGACCGACGCGGUUUUUGAGGGUCCCGUUAAAUCCUGGAGUGCUCGUGGACAUGAAGAAAUAGAAGCGUCAGUUGAGGCCCUCCAGCUGACCUCCAGGCUCCGUCCUGGCCGUGGGGCUUUGUUGUUGGUGGGCCAGCUGACCAGGCGUGUAUGUGAGUGAGAGGUGAUGAAGUCCAGUAUGAGGCAGUGGCGGAGGCUGGUGCUGGUGGGAAUGCUGGCCUGGGUCCUCCUCUUCCUCGCCCUCCUCUCUUACUUCCUGGAUGCCCGUGUGAAUGAGCCCCUGACCUCUGCUGGCUCUUUACUCUCCCAGCACCCUGACACCCGACGCCUGGCCUCUAUACAGGCCUCCCAUCAACAGCAUGCCAGCCUUGGCUCCCGUUCUGAACUAGCCUCUACCUUGACUACAACCUACCCCAGAGAUAAGCCAGAGCAUGAGCCUUCUGCCAGCUCCACCACCCCAGAGUUCAGCCUGGAGGCUAGCCGCAGCCCCAACAGCGCUCCUUACGCCAUCUAUGGUGGCCCGGACACCAGCCACCAGGACUACCUGGACCCACAGAGCCUGGCUGCCUGGUCCUCCUUUGGUACAGAAAAUGUGGGUUCUCACUCAGACGCUGCAGCUCAGAGUCGGGAGAGAACCUCCCAGACCGCAGAGUACCAGAACCAUAUCAGCACUGCAAGCUAUCACGGUGGGGAGGAGGAAGAAGAAGAUGAGAGGGACAAUGAAGACGAAGAAGUCGGGAACAGGAUGAGGACUACAGCAGGCAAGAGGGGCGGUGGUUACUCCUCUGAUCUGGAGGAAUAUUACUUCUCCAAGUCGGCCUCUGUGGUGCAGCGGCUCUGGCGGGGCCGUGUGUCUGCCGGCAUGCUGAGUCCUCGGCUGCAGCGUGCCAUGAAGGACUACGUCAGUGCCAACAAACACCAUGUUUCCUACACGGGGCAUCGCAACGCCGCCCAGAGUGCCAAGGAGCUUCUGUGUCAAAUGAAAGCCCAGGCCUGGCUGAGGACAGUGGACGGGUCGGAGCAGCCAUUCUCUUCACUCGGUUGGGCUCGCCUUGUGCCGUCUCUUCCUUUGGAGAAACUCAACAGAAGGCAAGACCAGGGCAGCUUCAAGACCUGUGCAGUGGUCACCUCGGCUGGGGCCAUCCUGCGCUCAGGACUGGGCAAAGAGAUUGAUACACAUGAUGCAGUUUUACGGUUCAACGCCGCGCCGACGGAGGGAUACGAGAGAGACGUUGGGAACAAAACCACCAUCCGCAUCAUCAACUCACAGAUUUUGGCCAAUCCUAAACAUCGGUUCAACACAAGCUCCAUCUACAAGAAUGUGACUCUGGUGGCCUGGGACCCUGCACCUUACACUGUCAACUUACACAAGUGGUAUGCCAGCCCUGACUACAACCUCUUCGGCCCAUACGUUGAGCACCGCAAGCUCCACCCUGACCAGCCCUUCUAUAUCCUUCAUCCCAGCUAUGUGUGGCGCCUCUGGGAUGUGAUUCAAGGCAACACUCAGGAGAAUAUCCAGCCCAAUCCUCCCUCAUCUGGCUUCAUAGGUAUCCUCCUGAUGAUGGCGCUGUGUGAGCAGGUGCAUGUGUACGAGUACAUUCCCUCCAUGAGGCAGACAGACCUGUGCCACUACCAUGAGCGUUACUAUGACGCCGCCUGUACACUGGGUGCCUACCAUCCCCUCCUGUAUGAGAAGAGCCUGAUCCAGCGGAUCAACAUGGGGCCGGAGGGUGACCUGCGGAGGAAGGGACGGGUCACUCUUCCAGGCUUCAGCACCGUCAACUGUGACAUCUGAGAUAUGAACACCUGAACUUCUGAGCCCGAACAUACACACACACUCUGGCCUUUUGCUGGCUGACCACAAGGGAGAGAUGCAAUAAAGCCACUGGAGACAAGGAGCCUGGAGAUUAGAACAUAAGCCAUAGCCCUCUGGCGAGGGAUCAACGAGGGGGCUUCUGAAAGAACUUGUCUUCAUUAAGAUGGUUUAAUAGACCAGAGACUAGCAGGAAGAGUCUCCAAGACGGAGCUGAAAAGACAUUUCUCUCUGCUUUAGCUGAGCCACGUUAGCUGUGGAGCUGACUAGGGUAGCAACAGAUCAGUGUUUUUAGAUAGGCAAGUGAAUUUUCAGUAACUGGGUGUGUUUCCAUGGUGUAAACUCUGUGUUUUUUCAAUAGUAUGGGUGGUUCUCUACUUAAAGGAAAUGCCACUGUUUUGAAAGGUGGAUACUUGUGAUUUUCUUUUUCUUGUUCUUUUUACCGGUCCAAAGGGUUGUGAUUAAGCAAAGAAAGUCAUCCAUGCUGAAUGUCAUAAACGCGACACACACUCACAAACGCACGCGAACGUAUGACUGUACAUUUCAUCACUCUACAGCAGGCGUUCUUGUUUGACAUUCCUCUGAUAUCCUCUUGAAGUCUUCUUUCGUGUCGCCAUGAGGGGUUUACUUUACACGACUGACGUUGUCAAGCUUAGUACUAAAUUACUCUCUUAUGCAUGCAAACUUGCCAGCUCACCACCACCAGUUUCUCACUCCUCAUCCACACACUGAGGGUGAUUCCUUAAUCCGUGUCAAGACUCUCAGUUAACAGCCCACAGGACAGAAGACACUGGUUGUCCUUUUUAGAUUCAUCCUAGCUUAGAGUAACACCUUUUCUGUAAAAAAGAAAUAAACAAAUAAAAACAAAAAAAAAACAAAAACAAAAAAAAAGUUCAUGGGGCCAAAAUGGAUCUUGAGAACAAACUGGUGCUCAGAACAGCUGUGACCCUGUGCCUAGUGGUUGACUGAACACUUCCCUCGGGUUGCCUUGUCACUGUUCAGAAACAUGCAGUACAUACUGUGGCAGGACUGCAGUAACAUGGAGUUUAAUUGCCGUGAGAGCUUGAUUUUGCUGAAGUGAGCUGCAUCAGGGGGAUUCUUAGCUCUGCACUCAGCAAUCACCAGCCCCCGUUUUUUUGAUAGUUCACUCUUUUUAUUGAAUGUAAUUUUACCACCGCGCAUAAUGGCCAAACCCUCCCUGGAGCUAACCACUGCAGUAUGGUCUGCUCACGUGCAGGGUUCUUUCUUUGACACGUAAACGGCAUGAAGCUCAUUUCCUUACGACUAUAAAUGUCUCAUACAUUCUGAAUCCUCUCAUAACGGUAUGUACGUGUCCACAGAGGUGAUUAUAAAAGAGGAAUUUGAACCUGUAAUAUCAGAUUUGUUUUGUAUCCAGGCAGGAGUAGUGUUAUUAUUAUUAUUAUGCUUACAGUCAGUCAGUGCCACAUCUGCAGCAGGCUCGAGAGGUAUUAGCUCGGCGAGGAGAGGAGGGAUGGUUGUGGUUUUGCUACAUAGACAUUCAGUUGGAAAAAUCUCGCCUAUAACAGAUUUUUAUCGCUAAGUGUGCUAUUCUACAAAGUGUUCUCGUGCCAUUGGUUGUGGUUCGUAUUAAGGUGUGAAUUCUUUGUCAAAGGAAUGUUUCCUUGAAUAGUCUGAUAUGUGUUAAAGUAGAGGGCUCUGUAGUGAUAGUUAGUAGAUGAUUCUGGGACUAAGCAGUACUUGUUGUUUUGUAGGGCUGGGUAUCAUCCAAAAUGUGUGAGUACUGCUCCAAACUCGAACUGUGAUGAUACCAAAACAACACGUUUUCUUUUUCUACAAAAAAACGCUUUUAUACCUGAUCUAAGGAAAGAAACGAGCAUUUGGUGCAAAUUUGCAAUACUUGAUGAGCAGGGUGGGCGAUAUAUACUGGACCAAAAAAAAAAAAUCUUCAUUAUCAUAUUUUAAAUUGCAAGAUUGAUGUAUUGUGAUUAUGGAAGAGGAUCACUGAUCAAAUUUAUCACAGUUCUGUUUCCUAGAGAUCCGACAUUAAACUCCAAAAAAAAAAAAAAUCCAUUUCUGUAUUUUUAAUAGAACUGGAGCGAUUAGUCGACUGAAAAGAAAAUUGCCUGUCAUUUUGAUAAUAGAUUUAUCGUUUAGUCAUUUUUCCAAGCAAAAAAUGUGAAAUAUUUAGCUGGUUCCAGCUUAUUAAGUGUAAAAAUGUACUGCUUUUGUUUGCUGUUUGUAACAGUAAAUGAAGAGUCUUUUGGUUUUGGACUGUUGGUUGGACAAAAGAAGCCGUCUAAAGAUGUUACUUAAGGCUCUGGGUAACUGUGAUGAGUAAUUUUCACAUUUUUUUGACAUUUUUUAGACCUAAUGAUGGCUAAUUGUGAAAAUAAUAAUAAGAUUAAUCUAAAAUGACAGUAAUGGUUAGAUGCAGCCCUACUGUAUAUCCUGAUGUAGUAAUUUUAAUAACACCACAGAGUUCAGUUCAAUUAAUCCCUUGAAUUAAUGAAAGAGAACAUAUUAACCUUCAUAAAGGAUUUAUUGUAGGGCUCAUGCAUUAGACUGCAUUACAUGUAGCUAGAUGAAGCUAAUGAACUGGCAAAUGAGUGCAUGUAUAGAUGAAAUGACCACAUGAGAAUGACUAAUUCAGUGAAUUACAUACAUGAAAAAAGUAUUUCAUCACAUUGAUGCAAAAUCCUGUAACUCUAAUAAGCAUGAAGCAUAAGCACCAUGAAGCAGUUCUCCUCACUGAUGUGUAGCUGCCUUGGAGGAAGUUGUACGGAAAUUUCUCUUGACAGUCGACAAAUGGUCUCGCAGUGUGUAAACAUAUCUGGUUGUAUCGCCCAGCCCUGCUUUACGGUUUUUAAAUAUGGAGCACCUUUUGUUCUGAGGUAGUGAGGUUUGAUACCCAGCCCUCUCAGAUGGAUUAUUGAACAUGUCAUUAGACAUCCAGCAAAGGACAAAAGUAAAAGAGACUGUUAGAGGACUAUGACAGAUGUUUAAAUAACCGUCUGAUGAGAAACCCCUUUUUUUUCUUUUUUUUUUUUAGCUUAAGGAGAUUCACCAUUCAUUUCGAAUAAUGCAGGUUCUCAGCUCUGCUGUAGGUUUUCUCUGUUGAGACAAAUGUUUUACUGCUUGUGAUUGUAACACACUGAAGGUGCAAAAACCCUGAACAUAUUGUACAUGUAUAUUUCUGAUAACUCUGAUUUCAUUUCAAAUGCACAGAGCAUGCAAAUCAGGAUCAGGGCUAAGAGUCUUAAACUGUCUGUGCUGUACUGUGCUGCAAGUAGACACCAUUGUCAUUAAUGUCGUGACAGGCAACUGUGCUCUGAGAUUUUUAAUAAUUUCUUUUUUUUUCCUUGAGUGGUGUUUUGCAGAUUUUAGUGCAUGCUUGUGAAUGGGGAAAUCACAUCAAGCUGCGGUGCAGCUAUAGGUAGUUCCCUGGGAGCACUUGAUUAAGUGCAAUGCCUUUUGGCAACUUCAUUGUCCCAUAUUAAUAUUGUGCCAAAUUCCAUUUUUAGUAAUGUGUCAGCAGGGAGGGGUGGGUUGAGUGUGGGAUGAGGACUUGGGAGUAAUAGCAGGACUUCUAUGGUGCUAUUACUUUUCCCUGGAAUGCUUCAAGUGAAAUAUAUUACAUUUUUUAAAUCUUAUUCCUUUAAGACAGCAAUUUUUAUUGCCAGUAUUAAAACACAAGACGCUGUGCUGAAACUUAAAACGUUUGUGAGAUGAGGGAACAUAUUAGCGGACACUGUUUAUUACAUUUUGCCCUCUCAGCCUCCCCACUCUUUUAACCCAAGGCCUGUUUUUCAUGUCUUGUUUUUACUCAGUACUGUGGGAGUUUGUGCACCACACUGCCUCUAAAGGAUUGUCCAACAUUUCAGUUUUACAUUUCCCUACUGCAGCUUCCUGCAGUGUUCCUGGAGAAAAGAAGAGAAAGAGAAGCAUCCGUGACUGACUGAAUACGUGUGUUUCACUUUCAACAGCCUUAGGGUGUUCUUCUUGGCUUUGAUUUGUCAGUGAAUUCUCUUCUUCUUACACUUGAAUUGAUAUUUAAAUAGACCAUUUGUAUGAUUUCAGCUGUUGUAAAUUUGUCUUUUUUUACCGUGUAAAUAAAGCUGUCGUACGUGUCA